GGCUUAGCAAUCCGGUUCCGCAGUAUGUUGUGUUGUAACUGCAAGGGGCAGAUUAGAGACCCGUACUAUGCCCAGAUUGGCGUUGACUAUUGGCACGAACAGUGUGUCCGCUGCAGCAAAUGCCACCGCGGCUUAAGCGAUAAAUGCUACCAAAAAUUUGGCGCCAUUUAUUGCAUGGAGGAUUAUUACAGGCUUUUCAGUCCGCAUCGUUGUUUCCUUUGUUCAACCGGGAUCGCACCGUCAGACCAGGUGUACAAAAUUACCUCAAGUCUCAUGUGCCACCAAAACUGCAACCGGUGCUAUCAGUGUAACCACCUGAUGCAACCUGGGGAGACGAUAAGGCUCGACCAGCAUUCUAAGCAGCUGUACUGCUCGGCACAUUUCACUGGCAUUUCGAUGUUCGACGCGAAAGACGAGUCAGUGGGCACAACAAGGAAGAAAGACACUUUUCUGUUACCCAAAACUGAGCCGCAUUUCAGUCGUGUCAGUGCCACCAGUGGCGAUGUUGGAACAAGCUUGAAGCACGAUGGCGCAGAGCUAGUGAACGCUGAGAAGCUGUUGGUCAGGAAUUACAUCAAGCGGCGUGGACCACGAACAACGAUCAAAACUUACCAACUAGAUCUGUUGAACAAGACUUUCUCAAAAACUCCCAAACCCUCAAAACAUGAGCGUGCCAAGCUGUCGCUCGACACAGGACUAAGUUUGCGAGUCAUACAGGUAUGGUUUCAAAACAGAAGAUCGAAAGACAGACGCCUGAAACAUCUGUGCAAUUGGAUUCGUCAAAAUGAACAUAAAAGCGCAGCAAGCACGACCGAAAUAUGUUCCGCUCCCAGCAGCACUCAUUCUGACUCCAGUAUAUGA